AUGGAGCGCAAGCUCUCCAAGAGUCAGACACUCCAGACAGACAUCGGCCAGUCCGUCGACGCUAUUAUGGGUCAGGAAAUCGAGCUUAUGGCCCUCCGCCUCAGCGGUCAGUUGCUUCUCGGCGUAGUCAGGAUCUAUAGCCGCAAGGCCAAGUACCUGCUUGAUGACUGUAACGAAGCCUUGUUAAAGAUCAAAAUGGCAUUCCGUCCAGGCAUCGUCGACCUUACCGAAGAACAACUUACCGUCAACAAGACCGCAAUUACACUUCAGACCAACAGCUUUGGACUCGACUUGCUCUUACCUGACGUUGAUUGGGAUAUGGACUUUGAAGAUCGCCCUCUUCAACGUCAAGGCCACCACCAAGCUCACGUCGAUGACAUCACCCUUCGCACCGCGGACGACUUCCAGUUCGGCGAAAAUGACCCCUUUGACAUAGGACCAUCGGAUGGCAUUGGCUCCCAGGAUUUCAAUGACCUAGACUUGGGCAUCAACUGGGACGACGAAGGUGCCAGAGCUUCAGAACCGAACGCCAAGUCAGACAUGAUGAGUGUGGACGGCAGUGUCGGUGUCGGUCGUGAUGCUCAAAUUCGUGACUCUAUUGGUCCUGACUUCCUGGGUGGAGAUCCCUUCGGCGGAGAUUUUGAUGCCUUUUCCCAUCGCAGCAAGAGCAGGGACCCCUCCGAACAACCCUUCGGUGACGCCAUGGACAUCGAUCCCUUGCCUGAAGUUGACCUUGGCGAUUUGGGUAUUGGCUUUGACGACCUUCCUCCUGUUGACCCUCAUGAGCGUACACCGAGCCAGACUCGAUCGGUCUCUCGAGUAGCAUCACCUCUUACAGAGCUUCCUGCCACCCCGCCUCCCAUCGAGGAUGCCGAAUUGAACGCAGCACAACCCGAGACAGAAAAGGCAAAACGAAAGAUCAAGGACAAGAAGCAAAUUAUUGACUCUGUCACCGAGCUGCAAAACGGAAUCGCUGCUGCCAACCGCGGACGUGGCGUUGGGAAUGCCAAUCCUCUGAACACUGAUACUACCACCAUCACGACUAAGCAGCGUUUCCUUCCCAGGUCGUCCAUCGUCAUGCGCCUGCUCGAAAUUCGAGAAGACCCUGUUGCCUAUUUUCUGCCUUCCAAAACAAGUGGAAACAUGUUUUCGUUCGGCCCUCCUGGGCUGACCCCCGAGCUGGCAGAGCUCUUUACUCGUGCAGGGGGCAACACCGCGACGCACAAGAGGAAGGCCCCGUCUCCAGAACUCAGCCCAAGCAAGCGAGCUCGUAAAGAUGAAGUCGAGAUUGCCCGACGUGCAGAGAGCUUAGCACCCAGCGAUGGUGGCUUUAACCUCGAUCCUAAUGCUUCAGGCCUCGACAACGGCUUCGAAUUCGCCGACCAAUCUGGGGCGAUGAUGGACGACUACCAACUGGAAGUUCCAAAAGUUGGCGUUGAUAUGGAGGAUGGAAGAGCAAAGUCAGUCCUCACAGACCGAAGCCGAAGCCGGGUUUCCUCUGUCGGCCCAGGUGCCCUCGACGAUCUCGAAGAACAUGGCAUGCUGGAUGGAUCCUGCCCAGUUGCCGUUUUCGACAUGACACAACCUUCACAGGCAACACAGUGCCAAGCAGUCGAUUCUGAACAAGAGCCAGCUGACGUCGUCGAGAACGAGACUCAUGGGUACAGCAAAAACACCGUCAAAGCCCUUGGUUUGGUUCGGAAGGAGCUUCAGUCAUCUGAGGAAGACGACCAACCGAAGUCUAUGAGCUUCAAGAAAAUGACAAACAAGGCCUCGCGACGGGCAGCAGCCUCGUUCUUCUUCGAAUUGCUCGUGCUUGGUACCCGAGAUUGUGUCCAAGUGUCUCAACCGAAACCAUUUGCCGACAUUGCAGUCCACGCGAAGGCUCGUCUUUGGGAGCACCAACACUAUGGUAAUGCAGAGAACGACAGACUUUCUGAGCCACCUAUGGCAUGA